AUUCUCGCCAGACAACCACCGCGAAACCUCUGCGAGCAGCCGGCUCUUCACAAUAUCCACGAGUCGCUCCGCGCGCGCCCGUCUACCCCUCCAACUACCCCUCCAUCCACACAAGACCGCCUUUGAAGCCGCCCACCAUGCCGACUAUUGCUGUCGACAAGGCCGCUCUCUUCAAGGAGCUAGGCCGGACGUAUACGACGCAAGAGUUUGACGAGCUAUGUUUCGAGUUCGGCAUCGAGUUGGACGAGGACACGAGCGAAAGUACAAAGCCCGAAGACCUGGCGCAACCACCACAGCUCAAGAUUGAGAUACCGGCCAACCGUUACGACAUGCUGUGCUUUGAGGGUAUUGCGAUGAACUUGAAAGUCUUCUUGGAACAACAAAAGCUGCCCAAGUGGAGUUUGGCGCCGCCCAAGAGCGGAGAGUUGGAGGUUCUGGAUAUCAAGCCUGAGACCAAGCAAAUACGAGAGCUCUGUUCAGGUGUCAUCCUACGCGGUAUUACCUUUGCCAAAGAACGCUACGACUCCUUCAUCGCCCUGCAAGACAAGCUACAUGCGAAUUUGGCGCGCCAGCGGACGCUUGUAUCGAUAGGAACCCAUGACCUCGACACAAUCAAGGGCCCCUUUUCAUACGAGGCGCUACCACCAGAGCAGAUCAAGUUCGUCCCCUUGAAUCAGGAAAAGGAAAUGAAUGGCAAGGAGCUCAUGGACUUCUAUGAAAAAGACAAGCAUCUCGGACGUUUCCUGCACAUCAUUCGCGACUCGCCCGUAUACCCAGUCAUUUACGACUCAAAUCGAACCGUUCUCUCACUACCUCCCAUUAUCAACGGCAACCACAGCAAGAUCACCUUGGACACAAAGAACGUGCUCAUCGAAAUUACUGCAACCGACAAGACCAAGGUCGAGAUUGUCAACCACAUGCUCGUAGCCAUGUUCGCCGGAUACGCCGAAUCGAUAGAAGCCAUCAAGAUUAAUUCACCACACAACGGCGAGUCACGAGAAUCGCCAGACCUGUCGCCGAGGGAGAUGCAGGCCGAGGUUGACUACCUGAACCAGGUCACUGGCUUGGACCUAUCGCCCGAAGAAAUCUGCAAGCUAUUGUCGCGAAUGGGCCACGACGUUUCACCUUCAAAAUCUGACAAGAACAUGCUUGAUGUUUCAGUCCCAAUCACCCGAGCGGACAUUCUGCACCAGGCCGACAUCAUGGAGGAUUACGCCAUCGCAUAUGGUUUCAACAAGCUCCCGAGAGUAUACCCGAACAAGACGGCCGCCGUUUCAGCACCAUUGCCCAUCAACAAGCUCGGUGAUAUUGUACGGAUAGAAUCGGCCAGUGCGGGGUGGACAGAGGUUCUGCCUCUCAUUCUCUGCUCACACGAGGAGAACUUUGAGUGGCUGAACCGGAAAGAUGAUGGAAAGACGGCAGUGAAGCUCGCAAACCCCAAGACAGCCGAGUACCAGCUCGUGCGGACGUCGCUGUUGCCCGGUCUUCUGAAGACUAUCAACUCCAACAAGCAUCACUCGGUCCCAAUGAAGAUCUUCGAGGUCAGCGAUGUUGGUCUUGUCGACUUGGAGCAGGAGAGGAAGAGCAGGAACGAGCGACACUUUGCAGCGGCGUACAUGGGCAAGACGAGCGGUUUCGAACAGGUGCACGGUCUGCUGGACAGGCUCAUGCUCAUGCUUCGAUCUGCUUUCUUGACGCGGGAAGACGGUUUGAAGAACGAGCAGCUCCAGGGCUACUGGAUUGAAGAGGUGGAUGACCCUACUUUCCUUGCUGGCCAUGCAGCAGCCAUUAAGCUCAAUCUGGGUGGUAAGAACCACACCAUUGGCGUCUUUGGCAUUCUGCACCCUAGUGUGCUGCAAAAGUUUGAGCUGCCAUACCCCGUCAGCACAGUCGAGUUCAAUCUUGAGGUCUUUUUGUAAGGCGUAGCAUACCUGCUCAUGUGGGAAAUACCCAGGCAGUAGACAAAAUCAAAUAACGAGAUGGUCGCUACUCUUGC